CUGCUAGACCGGCCCCCCCUUAUAUCUGCCCAGGCCUAAUAAUGCCGAUUCUUCUGGACACUGGCACGGAAUGAAGACCAAAGUUCUAGAACGAUGCCCCCCUGGGAGUUCUAGCUCGGUGUACAGGAAAAGGCAGGCCCGGCCAUGAGGAUUCUUGGGGACUUUGCUCAGGCGGUGACUUUCUGGUUAGACACUUCGCUGCUGUUGCCAGACAGAGAUGUUUCUGUGGGUGGACACUUGAGAAGCCUGGAAAACCAAGGUGAGGAAGACAGAAGGCAGUGCAGGUCACCCUCGCUGGCUGGUACACUGACUUGCCUCACCCUCAAAUACAGCCAUCAACUGGAUCACAUGCUUCCAGCUUCCACUACAGACUACAUAGCCGAGGCCUGGCAGCUCUCGGCUUCUCUCUGCAGGAACAAUCCGCUUCCCCUGAGGUCCCUGACCCCAUUUAUGCAAAAUAACAAGAUGCUCAACUACAGCCCCUCCAGCCCAGGGGGCUGCCUGCUGGACAGGAAGGCAGUGGGCACCCCAGCAGGUGGGGGCUUUCCCCGGAGGCACUCGGUCACCUUGCCCAGCUCCAAGUUCCACCAGAACCAGCUCCUAAGCAGCCUGAAGGCAGGGGAGCCGUCCCAGGCCCUCAGCUCCAGGGACAGCCGCUUCAGGGACCGCUCCUUUUCAGAGGGGGGCGAGCGGCUCCUGCCUCCUCAGAAGCAGCCUGGUGGAGGCCAGGUCAACUCCAGCCGCUACAAGACAGAGUUAUGCCGCCCCUUCGAGGAGAAUGGCGCCUGCAAGUACGGAGACAAGUGCCAGUUUGCCCAUGGCAUCCAUGAGCUAAGAAGCCUCACCCGCCACCCCAAGUACAAAACAGAGCUGUGCCGUACCUUCCACACCAUUGGCUUCUGCCCCUACGGCCCCCGCUGCCACUUCAUCCACAAUGCUGAGGAGCGCAGGGCCUUGGCAGGGGGCAGGGACCCCUCUGCUGACCGCCCCCGCCUCCACCACAGCUUCAGUUUCUCUGGCUUCCCCAGUGCCGCCACAGCUGCUACCACGGGGCUGCUGGACAGCCCCACUUCCAUCACCCCACCUCCCAUCCUGAGCGCUGAUGACCUCCUGGGCUCGCCCACCCUGCCCGACGGCGCCAACAACCCCUUUGCCUAUUCCAGCCAGGAGCUGGCCAGCCUUUUUGCCCCCAGCAUGGGGGUCCCUGGGGGUGGCUCCCCAACCACCUUCCUCUUCCGGCCCAUGUCAGAAUCCCCCCACAUGUUUGACUCUCCCCCCAGCCCUCAGGACUCGCUCUCGGACCAGGAGGGCUACCUGAGCAGUUCCAGCAGUAGCCACAGUGGUUCAGACUCCCCUAUCUUGGACAACUCAAGGCGCCUUCCCAUCUUCAGCAGACUCUCCAUCUCAGAUGACUAACCAGAGGGUUUCCCCCUUCCUAUUUCCCCCUCAACCCCCUCUCCUUCUCCAAAUUCUUCUACCCUCAUCAAUUUUCCUACAACCUUUCUACAUUAACAAGGUUAAGCUCAACCCCUCUCCCCUAGCCUUGGAAUACCCCCACUCCUUGCCCCUUUUUUGUCCCACCUAACAUAACGACAAGUCCAUUUUGUCUGUAGCCUUCUCUAGCUUGAACCUCCUCCCUUCUACCCUCUUCCCCCAAUUUCUCAUCAAUUUUCUACCCCACUUUACAUAAAAGACAAAAGUCCCAAUUGAUGGUAGUUGCCUUUCUCUCUGGCUUAAGCCUUAAGUGCCAAAUCACAAAAGCAAAAAGCAGUAACAGUUUACAAAAACAACUUAGUGCCUUUAAACCUAACUUUUCCCACUGUGAUUACAUUACCUCUCUAGCUGCAGAGGGCACCAGUGGGCCUUCUUGACUCUGCCCUUCAGAUGUAAAAGGGGAAGGGAGGAGUAGGACAAGGGAGGGAAGCUUUGGGGAGUGGAAAAAAAUUAUUGGAAUCAGCAGCUCCCUCCACUGGCCAGGAAAAACUGGACCUCUAUUUCAAUUCCCCCUCUUAUCUCAACUUCUUCCCCCCUUCCUUUUCCCUUCUUUUCCCUGGUACAAUUCCCCCAGGUCUGCUGCAUGUAGAAAGCUGGCAGCAUUUGAACCCUUUCCCCCUCCCACCCUACUACUCCCUUGUUGACUAAUCUUGCCUGGGUCUCUGCAGGUCAGCAGGAAGGAAGGCUGAGAAUGGACAAAGAUUUGUGAUAUAAGUGGGACUUUAACGAUUUAAAAAAUUUUUUUAAAUUUUAUUUUUUUUUAGUGGGGAGGGAGGAAGGGAAUGCUAGGUGGACAUGAAAGACUUUUGAUUUUGGUGCUAAAAAGUUCCCCAGUAUAUAUGUGACAUCUAUAAAAAGAAAAAAAAAAAGGAGAAAGUAUAAGGGGUGAGUGGUGAAUGGUAUUCAUUCCAUAUACAAUUUCUGUGUAAAACAAUUUCCAGUAGAAGUAGCUAUAAUGGUUUUUGCUCUAGAGUACAUUAAGUACGUUAGGACUAUUGUUAUAGCACUCACGCCAUGCUUUUUUUUUCUGGGUUUUUAACUGUAUAACUUUCAGAAAUUGGAGAGCAAAAAUUUUGCUUGUCACUGCACACAAUAUAAAAAAAAGCUUAUUUAACUUAUCAAAAAACGUAUUUAUUGCCAAACUAUGCUUUUUUUUGUUAAUUUUGUUCAUAUUUAUCGGGAUGACAAAUCCAUAGAAUAUAUUCUUUUAUGUUUAAAUUAUGAUUCUUCCAUAUUAAUCUUAAGAUUGUGAAGUGUCUUUUUUUUCCUUUUUUUCCACAGUUUAAUAUAUUAUACUACAAUGACAUUUUUUUGUAACUUUACACCUUUUGGUUAUUUUAUUUUAAAAAAAAUGAAAAAUUAAUUUAAAAAAAAUGCAAAAAACUGUUGGAUUAUUUAUUUUAGAAAUUCCCCCCUUGUGUUGGACUGCAAAUUGAGUUUCUUUCUUUCUAGACCUUACACAGCUAGGACUUAGAAUGUAUGUAAAAGUUGUGGUAAAAAAAAUAAAACAGUAAAGAAGGAAAACAAUUUUUUUUUUUUUUUGUAUAGCUUCUAAAAGGGAAAAGCAACAAAUGAAACCCUCGCACUUCCCACGUGCUACUCAAGACAUUCUGAGCACAGAUUUGUGGUUCAGUAUUCCAGGUCUGGAGUUUUCCAAUAUUAGUGUAAACAGAACUCAAACACACAUACAUACAUACACAAAGAUGAAUGUAAUUACUUUUUUCCUGUUACUGUUCACUACCGAUGCUUUCUAUUUCUUUUUCCUUUGUGUGAGUUUAUUUAAAGAAAAAUCUUUUUGUAACGACUGUUUGCAGUUUAGAAAUCAAUAAACCCCCAGGUUUUUUUUUCAAGAAA